GUAAACUUCGUAUUACUUUAACGUGUACUUUGCAUUUCGUACAGUUUCGCGAAUUCUUGACGAUAUAAUGGUUUUAGAUGAUGUAACGUAUUUUUAAUCGUCACGAUGCAUGUUGACAUCACGUUUGCAAUGAAUCAGUGCCAUGAUAUAUUAUGUGGUUUGUGUAUCUGCAUACUGUAGUUACAGUCUAGCAUAGUGUGUGCUGUACUGUGUGUAUGUUUCAGUGGGUAUUAAAUUUGUGAAAGUUCUGGUUAUAUGUAUCUACUAAUUACUUGUCCAUAGCGUAAAGUAUUAUCUUCAAGAACAGAUGCAAUGAUAUAGCUCAAAGUAUCCUAAUGCAGACAAAAAUUAGGUACUCCAGGAAACAUAAUGCCCAAUACCAUGUGACAUCGACUGAUGCCUCGUUAAUAGCUUCAGCGUAUACAUAAAUUUCUUGACAUAUGCCCCAUCCAACUGAGAUCACUAAUUUGAUUAUUCAACCCAAAAAGCUAGCCUACUUAAUUGUGUGAAUGUUGUUUACUGGGUUUCAUCUGCUGUUCCAAGUAAUCCUGGACAUUUUCUGCAAGAUGAAGAUUGGAUGGUACAACAGGCUAGAUUCUGAAUCUACAGUUGAUGAUCCAUGCGAUGAAUUUGAAAUUGAAACAACAGAUGGUGGCAGGUUUAGGACAUUAUUCCGAGUACCAAGGGUGUACUUUCCCUAUGUCAUUGGCUCCAAAGGAGCUACUAGAAAACGUCUCGAGACUGAAACAAAAACAAACAUAUGGGUGCCAAAACAAGGAAUGGAUGGUGAUAUUGUGAUAACAGGAAGUGACAAAAAAGGCGUUGCAGCAGCCAGGAGAAGAAUUAACCUUAUUGUUAUGUCAGCACGACAGAAGCAGCCAUUUACACAUUUCAUCUCCAUUCCACUUACAGGGAAUUCAAUUAUAGAAGGCUUUACCAAGUUUAGGGAAGAAGUUUUGCAAUCUUGUAGAAACCGCGGCAUAGAUGCAUCAAUUUUCCAAGUACCAGAGAAGCUACAUUUAACUAUAGGGACAUUAGUUCUUGCAGAUAACGAAGAACGGAAAAAAGCUGGUGAAGUGCUAAAGGAAUGCAAAGACAUUGUUAUAGACCCACUUCUUGGAAAGCGGCCUUUGAAAUUACGUAUGACUGGAGUUGAGUACAUGAAUGAUGAUCCGGCAGAGGUGGAUGUUCUGUAUGGUAAGGUUCGAGUUGAAGGGAGUUCUGAAUACCUGCUACAGGAGCUUGCAGAUGGUAUUGUAGAAUACUUCGCAAACAGAGGUCUCAUGCAAAAGCAAUAUGAACAAGUCAAAUUGCAUGCAACUGUUAUGAACACAUUAUUUCGUGAGGACAAAGGAGGAGUGUCUGAAACUGAAACAUCAAAAAAGAAACAAAAACCAAGAGAAUCAUUUGAUGCAACAGCAGUACUGAAGAUAUUUGAGAAUUUUCACUUCGGUGAACAGCUGGUGGAAACACUUCAUCUUUCUCAGAGAUAUUCUACUGCGAAGGAUGGUUAUUAUCAAUCCUCGGCCUCCAUAAGUCUGACAGAGUGAAAUAUGCUCACUAAAUUGCUAAAUUGUUCCUGAAUGUUAUUUCUACUUGAAUGAAUUACACAUUACAAUUAUCUUCCAUUUUUGAUGUUUUUAUUUUUAUAAGUUGACAAUUUGACUGUCAAUGAAAUGAUAUUUGUUAUUAGUUAAGAAUGCUCCUAGCUACACCCCAUACAUUUCAAUACGUGUAAUGCUGCUCUGGCACUAACUUAAGAGAUAUUAAUUAGCAGUUACAGAGGAAGCUCUUUGUGAUACAAAUUUUCACAAAAUGGAUUAUGAACUUGUGUGUGUAUACUGGUUCUAAUGCUUACAUUGUUGAUGGGAAUAUCUCCACAUGGAAAAUAAAUUAAUAUAUAAAAUAAU